CAAAAACAGAAAAGCAAGUGUAAGUUUCAUGGGUUUGACGUUUUGCAUAGAAGCACAGUUAACGUGAUUUUUGCUUCGUUUAAGUGUUCAUAAAGAUCCUGAAUGGGCGAAACAAGUCGACGGUCGACUAGUACUGAAGUUCCAAGUGUUAAAUCGGAAUUCAUCAGCUGAUCAAGUGUUAAAUGGGAAUUCAAUUUGACAACCAUUAGAUUGAUUACCUAUGCGCUUAGUUGAUAUAAAAGUCGACCUUUCCGCUUGACAAGAUAAUGUUACACCUUUGAUUAGUUACAGUAGAUCCACAUGCUCAAUCCUUCAGAAAAGGCAUCACCCGAACUUCAAAACCAGGAUGAUAGGUCUUCGAAUGGACAUCUUGGUUUUGAAAAAGGCAAGGAGAAAAUUAAAGAAUGGCCGCAAAUUAUAGCAAUAAUUAUCGGUGGACUAGGCGCUUUUACAAAUGGAAUGCUCUUUGUUUGGACCUCUCCAUUUACAGUGAAGAUAGUAAAUGACACAGAACAUUAUCAGAUUUCCGAAGAAGAGGCGUCCGAGUUUACAAUUUUUCCGCCUAUAGGUUUAAUUGCAUCCAGUUUCUUUUUCUUUAAACUGGUGGAUGUUAUCGGCCGAAAAAGGACGGUUUUGCUAUUGGCCGUACCACAUCUAACGUUUUGGACAACGAUUAUUUUCGCUAAGAGUGUGUACGUCUUCUAUGCAGCGAGAUUCGUAGCCGGAAUUGGCGAUGCGACGCUGUUCGCUUCGCUGCCGAUUUAUUGCGGGGAAAUCUCCACACCAAAAGUGAGAGGAACAUGGGGCAAUUCGGUCGCAUUUUUCCUUUACGGGGGGCAAUUUUUUAUCAAUUGCAUAGGAAGUUAUUUAGAUGUGCGACAAACGGCAUACGUGUGUAUCGGGUUUCCCGUAAUCUUCAUAAUCCUUCUGUCUCUGAUGCCCGAAUCUCCGUAUUUUUUCAUAAGAAAAGGCAACUACGAAGCUGCGAAAUCGACAAUGAAGUGGCUCCGGCGGUCAGAAAACAUCGACGACGAAUUCGGCAAAAUGAAAACGGAAGUCGAACGGCAAAUUUCCGAAUCCGGCAGUUGGAAAGAUCUGAUUACCAUUCCCAGUAAUAGAAACGCAUUGAUAGCCGGCGUGUUUCUACGUUUUUCACAACAAUUUUGCGGCAUAACGAUCUUUUCGACUUACUCCCAGGCAAUAUUCGAAAAGGCCGGUGGAAGCGUGAGUGCGAGCACAUCGGCGAUGAUAUUCUCGGGAUUAUGUUGGGGUUUAAAUUUUUGCCUUUUCGGUGCGGUGGAAAAAUUCGGCAGGAGAAUGACAUACAUGUACUCUCUGUUGAGUUCCGCCGUUGUAUUGUUUGUGGUGUCCGCGUAUUUGUUUAUCGAGCAGCACGAUUUUUUUGACGUAAGCGCCGUAAAAUGGUUACCGCUGGCCGGGAUGAUCGUGUAUAUCUUUUGCUAUUCCUUUGGUUUGGGAGUGGUGCCGAUUAUAAUGCUCGGCGAGCUGUUUUCAGCUAGCAUCAAAGCCAAAGCGUUGUGCGUUUUGAAUAUCGUAUUCGGUUUGGGCAUAUUUAUCACGACUUACUUGUUCCACAUUCUCAAUAACAAUGUCGGCCUCUAUUGCCCGUUUGUUGUAUUUUCCAUAGCCUGCUUUAUUUCUUCGGCACUCACUACCUAUUUUGUCCCCGAAACCAAAGGCAAAACUCUCGAUGAGAUUAAUCAAAUGCUUAAAGGACGCUCUUUUAAUGCGAAUAAAUAAAACAUUUGAACCAU